AUGUUUCAAUUCGUCCUCUCGGCUUUUCGCACCUCAACACGAAUUCUACCCAAAAGUUUUCAUGGCCACAAGCUUAAUUCUCGUGCCUUUUCAACCUCCUCGUUCGCGCAGGACAUUCAGAAAAUCACCGUUUAUGGUUCGGGCCUCAUGGGAGCCGGUAUUGUUCAGGUCGCCGCGCAAAAGGGCUAUGCUGUAACCAUGGUGGACCUAGACGAAGGCAGCCUAGAACGGGGCAAAGGCAUUAUCAGUUCAUCCUUAAAACGCGUGGCCAAGAAACAAUUCAAGGAUGAUGAGCAAAAACAGAAGGAAUUUAUCGAAUUCACUUUUUCCAAUAUAAAGACCAACACCGAUUCUGGUGAGGGUGCGAAAGACGCAGAUUUGAUCAUCGAGGCUAUCGUCGAAAACAUUGAGACGAAACAGAAGCUAUUUGGUUUUUUGGAUAAGAUCGCUCCCAAGGAUGCGAUUUUUGCCUCUAACACCUCGAGCUUGCCAAUAACAGAACUUGCAAAAGCAACAGACCGAGCUGAUAGGUUUGCUGGGUUACAUUUUUUUAAUCCGGUUCCGCAAAUGAAAUUGGUGGAGGUCGUAAAAUCAGAAAAAACUAGCGAUGAAACACAUCACGCUUUAAUGGAAUUUUCAAAGAAGUUGGAUAAGACGCCCGUGACAUGCAAGGACACUCCCGGGUUCAUUGUGAACCGUCUUCUGGUGCCUUACCUGUUGGAAGCGAUUCGUCUUGUCGAACGCGGCGUAGCUACGUCGGCCGACGUAGAUACAGCCAUGAAAUUAGGUGCAGGCAUGCCCAUGGGUCCCUUCGAAUUAUCUGACUUCGUUGGACUGGAUACAUUGAAGUCCAUAGCGGAUGGCUGGCGAGAGGGUGGACAGGUUGAUCCCAACCUUGUUGCAAAGAUCAAGACUCUAGAUGAUCUCGUCAGCGCCGGAAAUCUUGGACGCAAAACCGGUCAAGGUUUCUUCCCCUACUAG